AUGGCUACAGCAGCGGCUCCCCCCAGUGGCCCUGGCAAUUCUGCCUUCAAGGAUAAGGCGAAGCCAAUGGCAGUGCGGACUGCGAACAUUUUGGCAGCUCGAGCUGUUGCCGAUGCUAUCAGAACGUCUCUGGGACCUAGGGGAAUGGACAAGAUGAUUCAAAGCGGAAAAGGAAAUACGAUUAUUACCAAUGACGGAAACACUAUGUUGAAAAGCAUGAGCGUGAUGCAUCCCGCAGCGAAGAUGCUUGUCGACCUUAGUGCUGCACAGGAUAUUGAAGCUGGAGACGGUACCACCUCCGUCGUUGUUAUCGCUGGCAGCUUGCUUGGUGCUGCGGACCGACUGUUGGCAAAGGGCAUUCACCCGACGAUCAUAUCCGAAUCCUUCCAAAGAGCAGCAGCCGCUGCCGUGGAAAUCCUCCAUGAUAUGUCACAACCUAUUUCUCUUUCAGACCGAACCACCCUUUUGCAGGCCGCAUCCACUUCCCUUUCGUCCAAGAUUGUUUCACAAUAUUCGAACCUCCUAGGUCCUAUGGCCGUCGAUUCCGUCUUGAAAGUCAUUAAUCCCAAGAUUGCGAACAAUGUUGACCUGCGCGAUAUCCGCAUCAUCAAAAAGGUCGGGGGUACGAUAGAGGACAGUGAGAUGGUAGACGGCUUGGUAUUGAACCAGCCCGUCAUCAAGAGCGGAGGCGGGCCUACAAGGAUUGAAAAAGCCCGGAUAGGAUUGAUUCAGUUCCAACUCAGUCCACCCAAGCCAGAUAUGGAAAACCAAAUCGUCGUCAACGAUUACCGACAAAUGGACAAAAUUCUGAAGGAAGAGCGCCAGUACCUUCUCAAUAUGGUAAAGAAGAUUCAAAAAGCCAAGUGCAAUGUUCUUCUUAUCCAGAAGUCCAUUCUACGAGACGCAGUCAACGAUUUGUCGCUCCAUUUCCUCUCCCGCCUGAAGAUUCUUGCUGUGAAGGACAUAGAGCGUGAUGAGGUGGAAUUUUUGUGCAAGAGCUUGGGAUGCAAGCCUAUUGCCAACAUUGACUCAUUCACUGAGGAUAAACUGGGAACUGCAGAUGUCGUGGAGGAAAUUCAAUCCUCAGGUGCUCGUUACGUCAAGGUCACAGGCAUCAAAUCGACCGCUGCCACAAGCCAAACAGUAUCUAUCGUGGCUCGUGGAGCGAACAAUCUCAUUUUGGAUGAAGCAGAGCGAUCUUUGCACGACGCCCUUUGUGUAAUUCGCUGCUUGGUGAAGAAGAGAGCACUUAUCGCCGGUGGUGGUGCACCGGAAAUCGAAGUCGCCAACAUACUUAGCACAAGGGCCCGUGAACUAUCAGGCACCGAGGCUAUCUGUUGGAAAGCUUUUGCCGAUGCCAUGGAAGUCAUUCCAACUACGCUCGCGGAGAAUGCCGGUCUGAAUUCGAUCAAGGUGGUGACUGAACUCCGCCAUAGACACGCUCAAGGUGAGCGUAAUGCUGGUGUCAGCAUUCGCAGUGGUGGUGUGAAGGAUAAUAUCACAGAUGAGAAAGUGCUGCAACCCCUGCUAGUCAGCACAAGUGCCAUUGAACUUGCGGCUGAGACGGUGAAAAUGAUUCUCAGAAUCGAUGACAUUGCGCUAUCAAGGUAA